AUGUAUAUUAAAAAAGAUAAAUAUGAUGAGAAUAAAAGAAUGGACCUUGAUAAUUACAAGAAUAUCAUUCAUAAUAAGAAGAGAGGCACAGAUUUAUUGAAUAAUAAAGACCUUUUAGACAAGGGAGAUAUAAAAAAAGGUGUUGAUGUAAAGGAGAGUGAUAGUUGUAUGAGAAAAAGUUAUGAUAUAAAAGAAGAUGAAGAAGAAGAUAGUGUUGAAGGUGAGGAUGAAGAUGAUUCUGAUUAUGAUGUGUCAUUUGAUGAGAUGUUAGAAAAAAAAGAUGAUGAUGAGAACUAUGAAAAUGACGACGACGAUGAUGAUGAUGAUGUUUUGUAUGAGGAUGAAUAUGAUCAAGAGAUAAGAGAUAUAAAUUUUAAUUCAUAUAAUAAUUAUUACUAUCAAAUGUUUAAUAAUAAUGAGGAUGGUAAGAAUGAGAUUGAGGAAUUGAUUAAGAAUAAUAAAUUUUUAAAUAAGAAACCAAGUUCUCAUCAUGAAGAUGAAUUAAAAAAGAAAGAAAUUAUGUUUGAAAAAUAUAAUAAAUUAUUAUCUUCAUAUAAAUUAAAAAAGGAAUAUAAGAAUAAGAAAGAAAAUAUAAGAAGGGAUAAUAAUGUUGUCGAUAGUUAUGAAAAUAAUAAUAAUAAAAUGAAAGAAAUAAAAUUAAAUAAUAAAAAAGAAGAUAUAAAUAAUAUGACAUAUAAUAAUAUAUAUGAUGAGAGUCCAUGUUAUAGUUGUAAAAGUGAAGAUAUGUCAUAUGAUGAUAUAAAUAAUGAUAAAGAUUUUAUAAAUGAUGUAUUAAAUAGAAUAGACGAAAUAUAUAAUAAAGAAUGUCGAUAUAAAAAUUUAAAAAGUGUAAAUAAUAAAAAUAAUAAGAUAUGUAUUAAUGAUUUAAAUUUAAGUAUUAUAAGUGAAUAUUUAAAUGUAGAUAUAUCUGUAUUUCAUAAAAAAACUACAGUUUUAUUGGUUGGAAAUACAUAUAGUGGUAAAAGUUCUUUUAUAAAUUGGAUGGCUGAAAAUUAUGUGCAGAAUACAAGUAGUAUAAACAAAAAGAAUGAAAUAACAUAUGUGGAUAUAAAAAAUAAUUUUACAUUUAAUUUUAAAAAAUUAAAUAAUAAAAAUAAUCAAUUUGGUAUAUUAAAUGAGAUGAAAAAUAAGAAAAUGGGAUCAUAUAUGUGUUCUGGAAAUGAAAAUGAAGAUACAUAUGUUCAUAAUAAUAAUGAAAAUAAAAAUGAAAAUAAAAAUAUUCGUUUGACAAAUAAUAAGAUUAUAUUUUCUGGUGAACACUGUGAUUAUUUAUUUAGACCGUUUAAAAAGUUGAGAGAGAAUUUAAAAAAUGUAAAAAAAUAUAUAUAUGGAAAAAUAUCUUAUCAAAAUGAUGUAACUAAAUAUAUGAAUAGAAUAAAUUAUGUAUCAUUUAUUGAUAGUACUGGUAUCAAUGAAAUAAGAGAUGAAGAAUAUGAUAAUAUAUUAAUGAAUUUAUCAAAAUAUGUAGAUUUAGUUUUUAUAUUUAUUGAUUCUACAAAAUUAUCUAUAAAUAAAAGAUUAUUAAGAAUUAUAAAUUAUGUUAUAGAUAAUCAAAUUAAUAAAGUUACAAUAUGUUUAACAAAGAUUGAUAUGAUAAAAAAAAUUCAUUUGUAUAGAUUAGUCUUUUAUUUAACUCAAUAUUUUGUAGGAAAUCUAAAUGUAUUUAAAUAUAACCUAUUAAAACAUAAUAAUAUAGAAAAUGACCAAGAUAAUGAUAAAAAUAUCGAAUGGAAUAAUCAUCAUAAUUAUAUGAUCAAUGAUUAUAAAAAGACAGAUCCUUAUUUUCUUUAUGGUGAUCACUUGAAUGAUAAACCGGUAUAUAAAAAAAUAAAUCAUUUUUUGAACAGAUCUAUGCGUUCUUUUCAAAAUAUUUUCUUGAUGCCAGCUAUUUUGAAGAGGAUGAUAAAUAAGAAGCAAGUGAGGAGAAAAGUAAAAAAUGAAACAGUAAUGGGAGUAGAGGCAAUGAGAGUGAAUGAUUUAGAUGGGCAUCUAAUAUAUAAUGAGGAACACCCAUUAGCAGGGAAUGAUCUCUGUAGAAAUAAUCAAAAUAAUGAAAACGAAGGUAGCAUUUUUAAGAAAAUAUUAACAAAGAGUUAUAAUUCCUUUAAAGAGAAGUUGAUAGAAUGUAAUUCGAGUGAUAGUCUUGAACACCAUAUUGUGAAUGAUAAAGGAAUAUCUAAAAACUUUAUUUUAGAAGAGAAUGAAAAGGAAGAAAAAUAUAUAAAUAUAUUGGAUGAAGUAAAUAAUGAUUCGUAUGAUAAUCGAAAAAGUUUUUACACAUCCACAGAAAGAAAUAGAUAUAGUAAUAACCAUUUAAGAAGUCAAAAUUAUAAGAAGAGUGGAGAUAAUAAUUAUUAUAAUUGUAAAGAUGAUAAUAAAAAUAUGUGUAAUAAUAAAAAAAUAAAAUAUGUUGAUUGUAUAAAAAAUUUAAGUAUAUUUUUGGGAGUACUUUUUUUUGAAGUUAUAACAACCAUUUAUAGUUUAAUUCAUACAAGUAUUAAUACAUAUUUAAAAACAAAUGAUAAAAAAAUUAUGAAUGAAAAGAAAUUACAGAAUUUAGAAGAUAUGAAAAAAGAAAAAUUAAAAUAUGAAAAUAAUAAGAAUAAUAAUUCUUUAAAAAUCUUAGAUUUUCUAACAAUUUAUUUACCUGAAAUUAUUAAUAGUCCUUUAAAGAAAGAAAAAUGGACAUAUAAUAAAAAUGAUAUAAAUUAUGAACAUAAGAAAAGAAAUCGUAUGAGUUGUAAUAUACAUUUUGAACAUAUGAAAUAUAAUAAAUAUAUAAAUGGUGAUAUUAAAAAUAAUGACAAGAAUAAUUAUAAUUCUUCUUAUAAUAAUUAUAAUAAUAAUAAUGAUGAUGAUAUUUUUGAUAGACGUUAUAGAAAUGAUUAUAAUUUACAGAGAAGAAGCAUACCUGUAGAUUUUAUGUUAUUAGAUAAAAGAAAAAAUGAAAAAAAUAAAAAUUAUGUAGAUAAAAAUAAUUAUAUAAGUAAUAGAGAAUAUUAUGAAAACAAGGAUCGCUUUUCUCAUUAUGAUAACAAAUUUUAUGAUGGUAAUAAAAAUAAUUUAAAAAAUAUAAGACAUAUUAAUAAUAAUAAUUAUGAACAUGAUAUUGAAAGGGAUAAAUAUAAAUAUGAUAAUAAUUAUAAUGACAGAGGAAAUGAUUACUUUAUAAAAGAAGAUAAUUAUUAUUAUGAAGAUGAUGAAAAUAUAUAUAAAAGACAAAUGAAUAAUAAUAUUAAUCAUAUUGAUCAUAUUGAUCAUAUUGAUCAUAUUGAUCAUAUUAAUUAUAAUAAUAGUAAUUAUAGUAAUAGUGUUAAAGAAUUAAAUAUGAUACAUGAAUUAUUAUAUAAGAUCGAUGAAAGUAUCAACCUGAAAACGAAUCAAAGUAUAUAUAUGCUUAAAAAAGAUUUAGAAACCAUCCAAAAUAGUUGUUUAAAAAAAAUAUUUGAAAAUAAUGAAAUAAUAAAAAAAAAUAAAUCCUUACGAAUACAAAAAUUGAAAUUUUAUUUUUUUAAAUAUACUGCUAUUUUUAUAGGUUUUAUUAUAUCUUUAUUAAGAUAUGAUUUAUUAGUAUAUUUCAGUUUUAUUAAACCCGAACUUUUAUUUAGUAUCUUUUCUAAAUAUUUUUUAUUCUUAUCAUCUUAUAAUAAAAAUUCUCUAUUUAUUACAAUUAACGUUAUUUUAAUUAUUGCUUAUUUCUCUUUAUAUUUGAGAUAUAAUAAACGAAAUUAUUUUAAAUCUUUAGACAAAAGCGAUUUAAACAAAAUUAAAAUUAUCCUUUUGUUUACUCAAAUAAUAUUUGAUGAAAUUAAUCAGAUACAUAUGAAGCUCCUCGGAAAAAAAGAAAAGAAAUAA